CACAGCAAAACAUUAUUAUGAUGGUGUAAUUUUAUCGAAAUUUGAUAAGUUUUGAUAAGAAUUUUCUCACGUUUUUCCUGUGAUUAUUUUGAAGUCCGAAACAUUUAGAAAACACAUUCUAUUAUCGGAAAAUGGAUAUGCAAUGAUAAUGAGGAAAAUAUAAAGCAUGUAGCGCUUGUUGUUUUGGCGCGUGAGGACAUCAGUGCUAACGCAAAUGCCAAAUGUGUAUCGAUCUUAACCUUCAUCUGGUAAAGGAAAGCUCAUUUUCAACUACAAAUGGGUUCGGAUGAAGAUUAUGUGUACCAGCUGAGGAGGACAGGGGCAGCUGCGUCAUAUCCCAAUAUCAAAGAUGUUAUGAAGUUAAAGAUGGGGAUUACAAGAUUUGGACGCAGCACAGAUAACGAUUAUUAUUUAGAUUCUGCAAAACUGAAGAAUUUCAUUUCUCGUUCUCAUGCUGAAAUCCAUGCCAAGAAAAGUGAAGAUGGCCAGUAUGUGUUUGUACUUCACAAUAAAGGACUUAAUGGUACAUUUAUCAAUGAUAUCAAGAUGAAUCAGUUUAUUCUGUUACAAGAAGGAGAUAAAAUAACAUUUGGUCAUACAAAUGGAUUUAAGUUGGAACCAGGUCAGAGAGCCAAUCAACCAAACUCUGAAUUUGAGUUUGUGUUUGAGAAAGUACCAGCCAGAUUCGCAGAGGCUGAUUCAACCUCUGAAGUACGAGACAACAAAAGACUCAGUUCUCCAGAAUCAGAUCACAAGAAAUCUCCCAAAUCACCGAAAUCCCCAUCAAAACUAAAAAGACAAAGUGAUAUUAAUUCAUAUUUAAGUAAACAUUCAAAAGAGUCAGAAAAAUUAGAAAUCAAAUCACAUGACUCAUCACAUAAUUCCAUGUCACCUGACCAUAGAUCAUUCGAUCAUGAUAUGUCAUCACCGGACGCAAAAUACUCUGAGCGAAGCAUGUCACCACUAAUUCCGCAGAAUGCACCGAGAGAAUUAUCCACCUUAGUUAUGAGCAUGAGCGAAGAAGAGGAAUACGAGUCACCAGCAGACGUCAAGCCAGAUAUUUUUGAAACAAAGAAAAAAGGACGGGAAUCAAAAAUUUUCAAUUAUGCAGAAGAUUCGGAAGACGAAUAUUUUGCCAUGGAAGCGAAAAGUGUCCCUAUAAAAACUAAAGGAAAACGAGGGAGAAAAAAGUCUACUACACCUGUACAAGCUCGAGCUCCUAAGUCUAGGAGUCCACCGACAAAGAAAAAAGUCAUGAUUUCCCCAACAAGACCUAUUUCAAGAGAUAGCAGCCCUGAAGUGGAGUUACCUUCUCCUGGAAGUGUCAGUAGCAUGUCUCGCCAUAGUGACCAUAGUGAUGAUGGUCACCAUAGUGAUAAAGAUCACAAUGACAGGCGUGACAGCAUGGACAGGUGUGACAGCAUGGACAGGCGUGACAGCAUGGACAAGGAUCCAUUUACUUUUUCAGAUAGUGACAGUGAUUCUAACAAAAAGAAAGGUAAAAAGGCAGCAAAAGGAAAACCACCAGCUAGUAAAAGUAAAGGGCCAGGUCCAGGGCCAGUAUCAGGUUCAGGAAGGGGACGGGGUCGAAAAGCCAAGACUGUUCAACCAAAGAUUGAACCGAAGAUUGAACCGAAGAUUGAACCGAAGAUUGAAUUUGACAUUGCAGAUGAGGAUGAAAAACCUGCAAAAAAAAGGAAGAAGACAGCAAUCUCACCGCCAUCACGGAAAAAGCCACCAGCUUCACCCCCACCCCGGAAAAAGCCUCCAGCCUCACCAUCACCCCCUCCUAGACCACCAGCUUCGCCCUCACCCCCACCACCACCCCCUCCCAAAUCAACAGAUAAAGUCCGGAAGAAAAGACAAGGUAGACAACCUUCAGGUGCGGAAGGUUAUUCUGAAUUAGAAGAUGGUGUUGAAUGGUACGAAGAAGAAAAAUGUGCCGCAGAGAAAUGUAAACGACCAAAAAAUAAAAGAGUAAAAUGGGUGCAAUGCGAUCUCUGUGAUGAAUGGUACCACACUGUAUGUGUUGGCUGUCAGUACGAAUCAGUUAAGGAUCAAAACAUAGAAUUUAGUUGUGGAUAUUGCAAUUGACCAGUGUUUUCAGGCUUUAAAAAGACGUUUGUGGAUUCUUAAAUUGAAAAAAACAGAAAACAGAUAAAAGGAAAGACUAUAGUUUAAAGAUGAAAGAGAAAAGUAAUGAAAGAUUAGACUUUCACGAAAGAAACAAUGAAUUUAAAAGUGCAGUAGAACUUUGGUAUUUUUAUCAUUUAAGGGUCAUACUUGUUUCAUGGUGUUUAUAGAUACAUGUAUUGAAUAUGGUUAAUUGGAAAAGUUUGAAUUACAUGUAUUUUGAUAUCUACGAUACAGGACAUAAAUUAUUUUGUUAUUUAAGAAUUGAAUACUUUUUAUUGAAAAUUUAUUUGAUGUGAAAGUGUUGACCGAAGAACAUUUUGCAUGAAGCAUUGAAGCAUUGAUUCUAAAAAUGUGCUUGACACUUUUACAACCCUGUAAAAUUAGGGUUAUUUCAGAAAAAAAUGUAGGGGGGGGGGGGGGGAGUUGGAAGGCAGUUUUUGUCAGCACCUGCCACCCAGACAAUUGUAACUGAGAAUUAUAGUGCAUUAUAGUGUGAAAAGUUGCUCUGAUAUCCAUCACCCAUGUAUUAUUAAUACAAUGUGCCUUCCAACCCCCCAUACAUUUUUUUCUGGAAUAGCCCUUAUGAAAAGAAGUAUUCAAUACUUAUAAAUACAUUGUUUUGGCUAGAACCAUGAUCAUACGAUUUCUAUCAAGUUUUACUUUUAUGUACCUGUGUACUUUCAAUUUAUAGUGGAAGCUUAUGUCAUCAUGAAAAUUACAUUAAAUUUGAAAUGAAGGUUGAUUUCAGAAUGAUGCAGGAUUGAUGUAAUCCCAUCAUAAUAAUGAAUUAUAAUGAAACAUACAUGUAAUGUAAUUAUUUGAGGUUAAAAAGAGUAUAUUAGACAAAUAUGAUCUGAUGCUGCUCAGAGCUAUAAAGGUUGUAGGCAUUCCAAUUGAAUUUCUAAAAUUUCAAAAAGGAAUAGCAAAACUGUGUAAUAAUAAGUAGCUUUCUACAUCAAAUAUGUAUUCAAACUUUAAAUUUCUUCCUGUAAAUAGGUUUUGAUAUUGAAAAUGGCAUUCACUCAGGAAACAGAUGAAAGAGCAAAACAACUAUAGAAGUAAAAAAAACAUACAGUUUUUGCCUAUUUAUAAACUUAUUUAUACUGCUUUUUACAAAUAAAACUGACAAAAUUAGUAAAUAACAUUUUUGUUGAUUUUGUCUCCUUAAUCAGCUUCAGUUAUUUCUUUACAAAACUUUUAAAUAAUACAUCAUAUAUCAUGAAGAAUACUUCUUACUGCAAGCGACAUAAGAAAACUCAUAAAAUUUACAUCAAACAUGUGCAC